AUGUUUACUGUUCUUUCCCGUCAGCCCUGUGAACAACCAGGCUUCAAGGCCCUCUCCCGGACCCCCGCUGUGGUUGCCUUGGUGGUCCUGCUUGUAAGCAUGGCUGUGCUGGGGGCCAUAACGCUCAUUCAGAUCAACCAGAAAGAAGUCCUGGCCCCAGGCCUGAAGUAUGGGAUAGUGCUUGAUGCCGGAUCCUCGAGGACCACUGUCUACGUGUACCAGUGGCCAGCAGAGAAGGAAAACAACACGGGCGUAGUUAACCAGACCUACAGGUGCAGUGUGAAAGGCUCUGGGAUCUCCAGUUAUGGAAAUAGCCCCCAAGCUGUCCCCAGAGCUUUUGAGGACUGCAUGCAGAGAGUUAAGGAAAAGAUUCCAGCUGACCUACACAAAAGCACACCGGCUCACUUGGGAGCCACGGCGGGAAUGCGGCUGCUAAGGUUGCAAAACGAAUCUGCCGCUCAAGAAGUCCUUGCAAGCAUUCAAAGCUACUUCGAGUCUCAGCCCUUUGAUUUUAGGGGUGCUCAAAUCAUUUCUGGGCAAGAGGAAGGGGUGUAUGGAUGGAUUACAGCCAACUAUUUAAUGGGCAAUUUCUUGGAGAAGAAUGUAUGGAAUACGUGGAGUCAUCCUCAUGGGGUGGAGACAACAGGGGCACUGGACCUCGGUGGAGCCUCUACCCAGAUAUCAUUCGCUCCCCAAGAGGAGGCUGGGCACAAUGCCAACAGCACAGUGCAGGUGUCCCUCUAUGGCUACCCCUACACUCUCUACACCCACAGUUUCCAGUGCUACGGCCGAGAUGAAGCUGAGAAGCGGUUUCUUGCAAGGCUCUUCCAGAAUUCAACAGACAAAGUCAAGCUGGUCAAUCCCUGCUAUCCUCAGAAUUACGUGACCACUUUAACAAUGGAGCACAUAUUUGGAAGUCUGUGUACAGAAGAGUUAAGGCCAUCCAACUAUGACCCAGGAUACAAAAUUACCCUUGAAGGAACUGGGGACCCUACUUUGUGCGGAGAAAAUGUAUAUUCCCUGUUUGACUUCCAAGCUUGUCAUGAUCGGGAAGACUGUUCUUUUGAUGGGGUCUAUCAGCCAAAAGUUAAAGGGAUGUUUGUGGCUUUUUCGGGAUUCUUCUACAUCACCAAUGCUUUGAACCUCACAGGGAGCUUUUCUUUGGAUGCCUUUAACUCAAGCAUGUGGGAUUUCUGUUUGCAGAGCUGGAGUCAGCUUCCUCUGAUGCUGCCCAAGUUUGAUGAAGUAUAUGCCCGGUCCUACUGCUUCUCUGCUCACUAUAUUUAUCAUCUGCUAAUAUACGGCUAUAAAUUUACAAGAGAGACUUGGCCUAAAAUACAUUUUAAAAAAGAAGUGGAGAACAGCAGUAUUGCGUGGUCUCUGGGCUACAUGUUGAACCUCACCAACAUGAUUCCAGCCGAGAGCCCCCUGAUCCAGCUACCCAUGAAGCCCCAGGUGUUCACAGGGACCAUGUUCUUCUUCGCCGGGGUGGCCCUGCUCUGCCUGAUUUUCCUCAUUUACCUGUUCGUGAUGUCUAGGCUGCAGAGGAGCUCCCAGCACGUCAUUGACCACAGCUUCGAUGCUGAGUGAGCCAAGGAGAAGGACAUUCAAAAGCGGCAAGGUGAAGCUCAGCAUGGAACAAUGAAGCAGGCAGCAGGACCCGUUAGAGACGCUAAGAUCCAGGAGGGCUCGCUCCCUUGAGCUGCGACCUUCUCUACCCAGCUGGAAUCAUGGUUGCAACCCGCUCCUCCAAUGACCCACUGAUUCAUCCGAGGGCAGGUUAGAGAAGAGAGGAAGUGGUGUUGGACAGGAGUCAGAAAACCUGGAUGUGGAUGAAUCCUGGUACUGCCACUUAGAACCUGUAUGACCUUGGAAAAGUUCCCUUCCUCUCUCUGGGUCUCACCUUGAAAAUAAGAGGAUUAGACAGGGUGAGCUUGAAAGCCCCUUUCUAGCUCUGAACAGACAAUCCCCUGAUUCUGUGAACGCUCAAGGACAGACCUUGCGGAAGUCUUCUAGGAUGAAGGGCCUCUAGCUUUAAAAUAAACAUGAGCAUAGAAGAGAUACCCCAGGGAUUGUCUUCUAUCUUGCCUCCCCAAGAAACCUACGCUCUGACUAAUGAAUUUGAAAGAAAGCAGCAUCCUUGCUGGCAGGACUGAAAUAUGGAAGAGGAUACCAGGAGUAGAAUGGUAUUCUCAGAAAGCAUGGUAUGCCUGGCACAUAGUAGGCACUUAAUAAAUGUUUGUUAAAUUGGAUUGUACUUUGUUAAAAACACAGCACUUUGCAAUGUUCAUUAUGACCUGUGAGACCUCCAAUCAGCAAAGCUGCUCACUUUUAUGUCCUUCUAAUUAUAAGCUCUUAAAUAGCUAGAUAGACUACCCCAUGGCAAGGGUUUCCUAGAAAACCUUUGGGCUUUAUCUACUCUGUUGGCCCCCAGGAUGUGACGCAGUAAUCACUGCUUCAGUGGUACUCUGAAGGGAAAGCCUGCCCAUUAUCCCUACCCCAGCCUUGUAAACCAGAGGAAUGCCAAAUGUUUCUAGGCUUAUGACUUCACAGUAAGUUGCAUACUAAGCAGCCAGCUGUUGCAGAAAUGGUAUCACCCUGUGCAAUGUUCUGUCCUGCCCACUUAGAACACCCCAUGUCCCAAUUUCAGCCUCCUCACUAGCAUCUCAAUACACACCCUCCUCCAUUCCAUCUCUCCCUGCAAUAGUCCUAUA